CAAAUUCGAAAAAUUGUCCAGACCUUUCUGCUAUACUUUCACUUUCAGCUCAACUGCCUAAUCAUCUUACGAACAUUUCAUUCCAGCCUUAAUUGGUAAUAAUAUUUAAUAUGUCGUCAGGUGAAACAGCUGUUACUGUUAUUGCAGCCUCUGCGGAAAGGAAAACUUUCUCUAAUCCCAAGGCCAGAGGACGCAGGACUGCACAUCAAAUCCCAGAAGAGAUUCUCAAUGAUGUUGAGAUCAAUGCUGCUAUUAAGCAGCUACCUGAGAACUACAACUUUGAAAUCCACAAAACAAUCUGGAAAGUCCGUCAGACUGGAGCGCAACGAGUAGCCUUGCAAUUUCCAGAGGGUCUGCUCCUCUUCUCCUGUGUUAUUGCUGACAUUAUUGAGCAAUUUACAGAAGCGGAGACUGUCAUCAUGGGUGAUGUCACUUAUGGAGCCUGCUGUGUCGAUGAUUUCACUGCCAAAGCUCUCGGGGCUGACCUCAUGGUACACUAUGGACACAGUUGUUUGAUCCCAAUCGAUCAGACUGAAGGGAUACAAAUGUUGUAUAUCUUUGUGGACAUCAAAAUUGACAUGAUGCACUUCAUGGACACCAUCAAAUUCAAUUUUGAUGCUGGAACCAGAUUGGCCCUGGUGAGCACAAUACAGUUUGUGGCUGCUCUACAGAGUGCACGGCAAGAACUGAACAAAGAAUAUGUUGUGAGCACACCCCAAUGUAAACCAUUGUCACCAGGGGAGAUAUUGGGUUGUACGUCUCCUCGUCUCUCCGACACAGACGCUAUCAUUUACCUUGGAGAUGGGCGCUUUCAUUUAGAGUCAAUCAUGAUCCACAAUCCACUGGUCCCAGCAUACAGGUAUGAUCCCUACAGCAAGCUGUUCACGAGAGAACACUAUGACUUUGACCGCAUGAAGCAAGUGAGGCAGGAUGCCAUCAGUAAGGCCCAGAGUGCAAAGAAGGUUGGCAUUAUCCUGGGCACCCUUGGCAGACAAGGUUCUACCAAGGUCAUGGAGAAUCUAAGGGCUGAGAUCACUGCAUCUGGUCGUGAUCAUGUCACAAUACUUCUCUCUGAAAUCUUUCCAGACAAACUGAAGCUCAUGAGUGAUGUAGAUGCCUGGGUUCAGAUAGCUUGUCCAAGACUGUCGAUUGAUUGGGGCGCUGCCUUCAGUAAACCACUUCUUUCCCCGUAUGAGAUGAGUGUGGCCCUACAGUUAGCACAGUGGCAGGACACCUACCCAAUGGACUAUUACGCCAAUGAGAGCCUGGGAUCCUGGACUGUCAACAAUGAAGUAAAUAAGCCACCGCGGCAGAGGAAGGCCAGGGUCAAGAUAGCUACAGAUCCAUCUUCCUCCUCGUCGGAUAAACUUUGUUCUUUAAGCAGUAGUUGCUGUCAGAGCACUGUGGAGAAAUCAUGUGAUACUGAAGGAACGAGAUAGCCUUGCAAGACAAUGUGAAUGAUUGGGUGGGGUAGUGUGUUAUGUCUGUACAAAUUUGUAGACGGAGAUGGUACGUACUGUUUGAGGAAAUAUAUUGGUAUGGAAAACUUAAGAAGAGUGAAGAAAUUUUCACCAACUAGAUACUUGACGUUUUUUGGCAUAAAAGUCGUAUAUUCGUAGAUCUAUGUGGUGUAUGUUCAAGUCUCACACUUUCAGUUCGAAAAAUGUGAAUCAGAUAUUACCAUUUAAUUCAACUUUUUUUUUUUCCAUUGGGUUCUGGACAAAUUUUUAUGAGAUUAUCUGUCUGAGGUUUUAGUAAAUCUAAUAUCCUGGAUGCAUGAAACAUAUCUUAGAGAAGGAAAACAAUUUAAUUGUGGUCUUAGAAUCCAUGGAUCCAUCUACAGUUGAAAAUUAAAAAAACGAUAUUUUUCUAUUUUAUGAAGGAACAAAAACUUUCCAAGGUAUUGAACGCCUCCUGUCUUGUACUUGUACACUCUGACAAUACAACAUUGAGUUUUUGAAAACACAAAACACCAUUUUGUUGUUUGUGUUUGUUGAUAUGAAUGCAGCUGGUUCUGACAAUAAAAUUAAAAUGUUACCAUA